AUGUCAGUGAUUGCUUUGCCCGCGGUUCACUUUAUCCCCGGUUCCGAUUUGAAUGGAUCGUACGAGAAUGUUUUAGACGCUCUGUGGCAAAUCAAAAACAACACUUUGCUUCUCGUCAACUGUAUUCUAUAUAUAUUGUCCAUCGCAUUCUUCAACUACUUUGGUCUGUCGAUCACGCGGUAUUUAAGCGUUGACGGCUUUGCUUGCCUCAUCAUCGGCACUUUGAUCUACAACAAGGUGAUGAAUUUGUCCUUUAUUCGAGGCUGUGGAGAUCCACCGGAGGACUUGCUCCCGGUCGUGGAUGUGACCGAACAAGAGGUCGAUCAGUAUUUAAAUGAACCCAGUGUGGCCGAUGGAGAUGAAAGGCCCAUCCUAUCUGCAACUGGCUACAAUCAAUCGACUCGGUUGUAG